AUGUCAGAUGUUGCCUCUGAGGAAACAAAUCACCGCCGUCAUGAACCUGAUAUACCUGCUCCUCCGAUUGGUUUUCUUAUGCCAGAUGAGGUGCCUAAGCCCCCAAACUAUGACCAAGUAUCAAUCAGGGGUGAUCCACCGGCUUAUUAUGACGUCUGCUCGCAGAGUUCUUUGAGAUCCCUCCAUACUCCACCAUCCCCACCAGCUAUGCCACCUCGUUCCGGACGCAGAAUGAAUCGAGGUGAAAGAGGUGUUACGGUCCCUCCAUCCAUUCGGAUCCCGGUCGAUGUUUUGCCAGCGCCACGACACCGGUCUCACCCCAGAUCAGGGUCAAGGUCACGUCGGUCCAGUGAAAGGAGAAUGGCGUCUGUUGAGGCGUUACAAAGGAUUUAA